CAAACUUCCAGCAGCUUGAGAUUUGUGCGCAACCUUUCAAGGAUCGAAGCCGUCAAGAUGAGGGGAUGAAAACAUGGAAUCUCAGUGUAAAGCCAAGACGAGUCUAACACAGUAAGCGGACAGGGCUCAUUGAUGAUGUUGCUAUGUGCCAGCUGGUGUCUUCUCCCAUCCUUUUCAAUUCAGAACUGAUGCCCAGAUGGUGUGGUCCAGUUCAGUUCUCCCUGACCGUUUCAUGGGCCACAAAACAACCCAAGAAUCCACGGCCGCUGCCUGACUCAACCCCACUGAGCACUGUCCACUUCACUCGUAACCCCUCACCCCUAACCUUAACCCUUAGCCCUUCGCUUCCCUCCGUCUCGCUCUCUGUCACGCCUGUUCUUGCGUUCUGACAAUCCUCCCUGAGCACAACAUGGUGGCCCGCAUUCCCUUUCUUGUUUUGGUCAUGAUGUGUCAAGGCGUUUUGCUCUCAGACCCACCUCAGUCACGUCGGGAGAUCCGCAUCGAGGGUGACCUGGUGCUCGGCGGCCUGUUUCCAGUGCAUGAAAAAGGAGCUGGCAUGGAGGAAUGUGGCCGUGUGAAUGAGGACAGAGGGAUCCAGAGGCUGGAGGCCAUGCUGUUUGCCAUAGACAGAAUCAACACGGACAAAGCUUUGCUACCAGGGGUCUCCCUUGGGGUCCACAUUCUUGAUACCUGCUCCAGAGAUACCUAUGCACUUGAACAGGCUCUGGAGUUCGUAAGAGCCUCACUCACCAAGGUGGACGACACAGAGUUCAUCUGUCCCGAUGGAUCAUAUGCUUUGCAGGACGACAGCCCGCUUGCAAUCGCAGGAGUCAUAGGAGGAUCCUUUAGCAGCGUCUCUAUACAGGUUGCCAAUCUUCUCAGGCUCUUCCAGAUCCCUCAGAUAAGCUACGCUUCAACGAGUGCCAAACUCAGUGACAAGACGCGGUACGAUUACUUUGCCCGCACUGUGCCCCCUGAUUUCUACCAGGCCAAAGCCAUGGCUGAGAUCCUGCGGUUCUUCAACUGGACCUAUGUGUCCACCGUCGCAUCCGAGGGUGAUUACGGGGAAACUGGUAUCGAGGCUUUUGAACAAGAGGCACGCAUGAGAAACAUCUGUAUUGCCACUUCAGAGAAGGUGGGACGGUCUAAUGCAAAGAAGUCCUAUGAAGCUGUGAUCCGUCAGCUCCUCCAGAAGCCAAACGCCCGCGUGGCUGUUCUUUUCCUGCGAAGUGACGAUGCCAGAGAGCUGCUGGCAGCUGCUGCCAGGCUCAACACCUCCUUCAUAUGGGUGGCCAGCGACGGCUGGGGUGCGCAGGAAAGCAUUGUCAAGGGAAAUGAGGUCACAGCUGAAGGAGCCAUCACGCUUGAAUUGGCAGCCAAUCCCAUACCAGAAUUCAACCGCUACUUCCUUAGUCUGAACCCUGUCAAAAAUCAUCGUAAUCCCUGGUUCAAGGAGUUCUGGGAGCAGCGGUUUCAGUGCUCUUUUGGGGGAGGAGGCGGAGUGGGCUUGGGAGAGACACCUCCCCCACCAUGUGACAAGGACUUGGCGAUGGACAAGAAUAACUUUGAACCCGAGUCCAAGAUCAUGUUUGUGGUGAAUGCCGUGUAUGCAAUGGCUUACGCCCUACAUAACAUGCAACGUAGCUUGUGCUUUAACACCACCAAGCUGUGUGACAGCAUGAAGGCCUUGGAUGGGCGCAGACUCUACAGGGAUUACAUCCUUAAUGUCAGCUUUGCAGCCCCAUUUUCUCCUUCAGGCAGCGAGACAGUAGUGAAGUUUGACACCCAGGGGGAUGGCAUGGGCCGAUACAACAUCUUCAGCUACCAGCACUCUGGCGAUCGUUAUGGUUACGUGCCAGUAGGUGAAUGGGCAGAGAGUUUAAUUCUGAGCAGUGAUUUAAUUCGCUGGCCCAGAGAAGUAGUGCCCACGUCGCAGUGCAGCGACCCCUGUGAGCGCAAUGAGAUGAAGAAAAUGCAGGCAGGUGAGUACUGCUGCUGGAUUUGUACAGCCUGUGAGCCUCAUGAAUACCUGGCUGAUGAGUUUACCUGCUCGCCUUGCGCUCCUGGCCAGUGGCCCACUGACGACCUGACAUCCUGUUAUGACCUUCCCGAGGACUAUAUUAUGUGGGAAGAUGCCUGGGCUAUUGGCCCAAUUACCAUUGCAUGUGUAGGAUUCAUGUGCACCGGCCUGGUGAUUUGGGUGUUCAUCAGACACAACAACACACCACUGGUGAAAGCAUCAGGUAGAGAACUGUGUUAUAUCCUCCUCUUAGGAGUCUUCAUGUCCUACGCCAUGACUUUCCUCUUUUUGGCCAAACCCUCUCCUGCCAUCUGUGCCCUGCGCCGCCUUGGCCUGGGCACAUCAUUUGCUGUCUGCUACUCCGCCCUUCUCACCAAAACCAACAGAAUCGCCAGGAUUUUCAAUGGUGUGAAAGACGGAGCGGGAGCCGUGAGGCCACGCUUCAUUAGCCCAUCCUCUCAGGUGUUCAUCUGUCUGAGUCUAAUCUCUGUCCAGUUAGUAAUGGUGUCAGUAUGGCUGCUGCUGGAAGUCCCCGGCACGCGUCGGUUUACAUUGCCGGAGCGACGACAGACCGUCAUCUUGAAGUGUAAUGUACGUGACUCCAGCAUGCUGCUGUCACUGGGAUAUGAUGUGCUCCUGGUCAUCUUGUGUACUGUGUAUGCCUUUAAGACCAGGAAGUGCCCUGAGAACUUCAAUGAGGCCAAAUUUAUUGGAUUCACCAUGUACACCACCUGUAUAAUUUGGCUGGCCUUUCUUCCUAUCUUCUAUGUUACAUCCAGUGACUACAGGGUUCAGACUACUACCAUGUGUAUCUCAGUCAGCUUGAGUGGCUUUGUGGUGCUGGGUUGCAUGUUUGCCCCCAAGGUCCACAUCAUCAUGUUUCAGCCCCAAAAGAAUGUAACCAGCCAUAGGCUUAACCUUAAUCGCUUCAGUGUCAGCGGGGCUGCCACCUCAUAUGCAUCUCAUGCUUCUGUCAGCGCCCACUAUGUUCCCACUGUGUGCAAUGGGAGAGAAAUUGUAGACUCCACUACUUCCUCUCUGUGACCACAUCCAGUCAACUCUCCAAAUCUGCCCCCUGCGACUGUUAGCCAGUUGAUGAACAUUAUCCUCUUCUUUGCCCACCUCACACACACACACAACGCUCACAGAUAAACAUUCACAUAUGUGCACAUACACGCACAAACAAGCAGACACCUUCCUUGUGGACUAGAACUGUAUCGUUUCACAUAUGUAGAAAGUGUGUAACUAUAUGGAAAUUAUUUUCUAGGGAUGUAUAUACAUGGAAAUCAAAAAUUGUUGUAUGUAGAGAAACAAAAGAACAAAAAAAGUUUUUAGGAGGAAUUUUUGGAGCCUUUGUUUUUGAUAGCUUUGUUAUGAUGCAGUGUAAAUAGACAUGCGCUUACUCAUGGUAGGAGGGGCUGUGUCCCUCAGUCUGGAUGCACAUUUGUGGCUCUGCUUGCCUCACCUGCAAUACCCCACAGACUUUUUAUUCUCAUGCUUUUUUGUAGGUCUCAUUGUAAUAACAAAUUAUGUAUGUAUUUCUAUUGUGUAUCUGUACAUUUGUAUAUUAUGCUACUGAUGGUUCAAACAGCACAAUGUUGAUGGUCUUACAACCCUAGAGUGAAUGUGGACUAAAGCAUAACCUGGACUGGUUAGAACAGCUGGAAUGGACAUGCAUAAAAAAAAUCUCUCAAAUUCAUCAACUUUCAGUUUGAGAAUUCAUCCGUUCACAUCUUGAUAGAUGUGCUUUGCAUCCUAGAUCUAUUUAAGAACCUAAUGUGGUUGUUUUUUGCGGGAAGGUAUGUUUUGCUUUUGAUACAAAUGUUCAUUUUUCUAUUUCUAAUCAUGGAAUCCCUUUAUCUUAAUGGCCAUAGUUCCAGACAUGUGUUCACCAAAGCAACAGUAUUUUACUCCCACUCUUAAACUGCUGUUUCUAUGGAGGAUUUCUGUAAUGGAUUGCUAAUAAUAACUAAUAGCAGGGCUGAAAAGAUACAGUACAACAAACACCUUUUUUUUCUGCCUCAAAACUGUCAACACAGACAGUGCAGCAAUAGUUGUGUCGGCAAAAGCAAACUGGUGUCUUACCCUGUAAUUAUGAACUUUAUGUACUCAAAUGACUCAAACGCUAAUGGAGGAAAAUGGUCUGCUUUCAUGAAUACAUGCUGAAUUUCUCCAGCUAGAGGGGAAUGGUAGCUGAUGUUUCUGUGCCCCAUAGAUACAGUAUGUGGUGAUGUUUUGAAUAUGGCUAUGUGCCUUAAUGUAAUGUUUGAUAGUUCUCCAGGUAGAAGUUGUAAAAGAUCAAUUUUACAUUACCAGCUGCAAAUCCCUGUUUGGUGACUGGAAAAGUGGGCUAACUAUAGAGAACAUGCAGAUAGUUUUAUUUCCUAGCGAGCCUUCUGCCACUGAUUGUGUACCUGAAUUACUGAAACGGCGACUCGGAGGAAUCCCUGGGUUAAAAUGGCUUUCCCUACCACCCAUAUCUUUCCCAGUCUGUUAUUAAAAGGGAAAGGGUAUUUCUGAUAUAUAUACCCAUAUAUUUUUACAGCAUAGCAUCUCCAAUAAAAUGAGGGAGGGGGAGAGGAGCUCAUAUACCAUUAAGAUUGAGUCUUUGACUCACUGAGUUAUUGAAGUGUGCAGUUUAGAUAUCUGUGUUAAAUGUGUUGAUGUUGAGAGGCACAGAGGAGCAGCUGGCUUUGGCAGUCCCAGAGAGGCUCACGAAAGGAAGCAGAGCACACAAUGUCAGCUGCUGGCUGAUCCCAGCUAACAAAAGGAUGUUAGAGAAGAACUCAUAUCCAUAAAGUACAUCAAAUUUAUCAAAACAUCCACACACAUCAAACUGUCUGUUUCAAGCUGGAAAUGUUGCAGACUCGCUGCUGGGUGACAGUUCUGAGGUGGUGGAAUAAAUGAAUGUUGCGAGAAAAUCUAAAUAUUAGAGUAAUUUAGCAUAUUUUCUUUUUAAACAAGUGACUCAUGCAAUAAUUUAUUGCA